GAUACUAGAGAAAACAUGUUCCGAGAUUUCGGGGAAGCUGGACCCAGCUCCGGGGGCGGCUCGUAUGGCGCUCCUCAGCAGCCACCCACCACUUCGGGCCAGCAGAAGUUCCAUUUCGUCCCCACCCUCAACACGGUCAGCAGCAGCCAGGAAUUUCAGUGGAUGACGCAGCCCCGAUACUUGGGACCCGGUAGCAACUACCCCAGGCCUCUGCCCUACCAGCCUUAUGGCCUCCAGGGCCGCCCUGGGGUCAUUCGUGCUGUGGGGCCCCCGCCUGGGGUUCGGAGGAGGCACAGUGAACAGAUAAGUCCGGAGGAGGAGGAGAGGAGGAGGGUCAGGCGGGAGAGAAACAAACUGGCAGCCGCCAAAUGCCGGAACAGGAGGAAGGAGCUGACAGACUUCCUGCAGGCAGAGACAGACAAACUGGAAGGAGAGAAGUCGGAGCUACAGAAAGAGAUUGAGGACCUUCAAAAGCAAAAAGAGAGGCUGGAGCUCGUUUUGGAGGCUCACCGGCCUGUGUGCAAGGUCCCCAACGAGUCAGAGGAAGAGGCUGAGCCACCAGAGAGGGCCUCAGGCAGCACCCCUGCUCCUCUCCGUCGCCGGCCCCAAAUCUCCCUCUCCCCUGGUCCGGUUCUGGAGCCAGAGGCUCUACACACACCCACUCUCAUGACCACCCCCUCCCUGACCCCCUUUACUCCCAGCCUGGUCUUCACCUACCCAGGGACCCCAGAGCCCUGUGCUUCUGCCCAUCGUCGGAGCAGCAGCAGCAGUGGGGACCCUGGCUCGGAUCCCCUGGGCUCUCCCACGCUUUUGGCCCUCUGAGCCUUAGCCUUCUGGCCCUCCAAGAGCUCAAGUCACCUCUACCCUGGUCCAGCCAGCCCAGGCCACCCCCUUCUUGUUUGGCCCCCAUCUCCAUCCUGGGCAUCUUGUCUAGACAUCCUUUGUCCUAGCAUGCCCUGAGCAUCUUGGGGACCACGGAGGCUUUCCAGCCACCUCCCAGGGCUCAGACUGAGACUGAUCCCAUUCAAGGCAAGGGACACUUGAAGUACCUACUGUGUACAGGAACUCUUACUGUUGCUGGAGCUCUUGGGGUUGCUCCCCUCCCCUGACACACAGCCCAGAGCUCCAGGGCCAAGCUGCCUGCAUUCUUGUCCUUUUUAGCUUACUGCUAAUCUUCCUACAAGGCCCUAACCCCUUUCUGAGCUACCACUGCCUCCUAGCCCCUUGGCUCCACAUGGGACCAGCUUCCUCCCUCGUAGCUAGCUCCAGGUGUCCAACAGAACACUAAACACAGAAUCCCUUCCCAGCAGCAUAGGUGAUGCGGAACCCUCCUCCCUGCUCCUUGCUCAUUGGGCAGGCCCUACCUCUAGAAGAAGAGCUCCCAGGCCUCCUUGAUGGGCUGGAGUGGCCCUGGGCUCCCCCCAAGCUCCCACACGGAACCCACUCCUUUUCCUCAGA